GGGUUGCCACAGCAGAAUGAACUGCCAACUUAUCCAGCACAUUUUUUUAUGCAGCGGAUGUCCCUCCAGUCACAACACAACACUGGAAAAAAACACUCAUGCAUUCACACACAUACACUACGGCCAAUUUAGCUUAUUCAAUUCACCUAUACCACAUGUCUUUGGACUGUGGGGGAAACGGAACACCCAGAGGAAGCCCACAUGAACACGGAGAGAACAAGCAAACUCCACACAGAAAUGCCAACUGGCCCAGCUGGGGACUCGAACCAUUGACCUUCUUGCUGUGAGGCGAUCGUGUUACCCAUUGCACCACCGUGACGCCCUGGAAUUCUUUUGUAAAGGUGAGACUCUGAGGCCUGGGUGGACCAGAUGACGGACUCCUGCCAAGCAGAGCUCCACUGGCACUGAGGAGGGACUCCAGCCUGAUGAUCCAGUCCAAGCAGCAGACUUUCAACUCAACAAAAAGACUCCAGCCGCUUUUAUGCAACCUCCGCCGUUGUGAGGCUCUCUUCCGAACAAUGCACAUCAGGAUACACUUUGCUUUUCCUCUGCUUUUAUGAUAAUGAUUAUAAUUAUGUUGGAGUCAUUUGAAUCAAUGGAUCUAAUUUGAAGUGAACAAUGCUGAAGCCAUAGCAGCUUCUUCCCACGCCAUUGCAGUGGAGUUUCCUUUUGUGGAGCUAAUCCUUUGGACUGUAAUCCUGCUAGUGACCCACCGGACUGCUAGUUUUCCCUUCGGCAGCUCAGGCCCUGGAUGAGGGUUAGAGGGGAGGUCGGCACUUUGCUAUGGCUCAUUCGUCUGACACGGCACGCAAAGACAUGACGAAUGGGGCUCAUCCCAGUGCCCAGCCAGGUCCCUCAGGCACCUCGACUCUACCGCGCUACCUUCACAAGAAGCAGCAGCGCCAGAGAGGAGUGAGGUCUUCCUCCCCUAUGGGCCGGGUCAUCCUCAUCAACGCACCUGUCGAUGGAGGAGAUGACAGUGAAGACAUCCACACGAUCACUGUGGAUAAAAGUGAGGAUGGCCAUCUGGGCUUCAGUGUGCGCGGAGGAUCUGAGCACGGCCUGGGAAUCUUUGUCAGCAAGGUGGAGGAUGACAGCACUGCAGAGAUGGCAGGCCUGUGUGUUGGGGAUAAGCUGGUGGAGGUGAAUGCCAUAAGUCUGGAGAGCAUCACUAUGAGCAGUGCUGUGAAAGUCCUAACUGGAAACAACCGUCUGCGUAUGGUGGUGAGACGCGUGGGGAAGGUGCCAGGCAUCCGCUAUUCGAAAGAGAAGACUACAUGGGUGGAUCUGAUCCACAGAAGGAUGGUAGUAGAGGAAAGUGGUCGCACACCUUCUGAGGCCAGUUCGGACGGAGCGCUGCGCAGGAUAGUUCACCUUUACACAACCUCAGAUGACUAUUGCCUGGGCUUCAACAUCCGUGGCGGCAAAGAGUUUGGCCUUGGUAUCUACGUUUCAAAGCUGGACCCUGGUGGCCUGGCAGAACAAAAUGGAAUAAAGAUGGGGGAUCAGAUUCUGGCAGCUAAUGGAGUGAGCUUUGAGGACAUCACACACAGCAAUGCAGUGGAGGUGCUAAAGAGUCACACACAUGUGAUGCUGACCAUCAAGGAGGCCGGACGAUACCCUGCUUACAAGGAGAUGGUGGCGGAGUACAGCUGGCUUAAUAAAUUGGCGAAUGGAGGUCAGCCAUCGUCCUCUCAGGGCUCAGAUUCAUACUCCUCCACUUCUUCUCUGUCAUCCGGGACGCCGGUCAGCUCUCUCAGCGGCCUCUCGCAGGUCAUGUUUCCUCCUGCUUUCGGCUCAGAGAUGGUGGACGUCUGCAUCUCCACUGAGGAUCGCUCGCGGCGGCCCAGCUCAGAGCGAAUAGAAACUGCCAUUCAGACUGACCCACAAGAUCCCGAUACCAUAUCCCGAACCAGCAGAGUCAUGUCCACAGAAACCAGUCGAAUGGUAGGAGAAACUGUCCUGUUAAAAGACACCGUAAUCCGCAGAGGGACAGCCCAUUCCCGGACAAGGACCUUUUCUGCUGGGGAUAAAGAGACUCUGGACUCUCCUAAAACAGCUGUCCUGAUGGCUCUCAGCAAGCCCCGGAAAGCCAUCCGACGAUCCCAAAGCCACAUCACUGUGUCAGAGGACAAGCAGAAGAAAAGAAAACAUCAGAAAGGCAAGGUGGAGACGGAGGGAAGUACCCUGCAGCGCUCCAAAACCUUUGUAAGCUUGCUCUUUAAAAGCGGACGCAGAAGGGACAGGUCAUCCUCUAGAGACCGGAAGGACACCGGGACAAGGGAUGGACACAAAGGAAGAUCCAAAUCCCCAAAACAUUUAGAUAACGAACCGGGUAAAGAGCGGGGUCGACCCAUUAUUAACCUGUUGAGUUCUCCCAGAGAGACUCGUGCUGGUUUGAGGGAGCAAAGCCCGAUGCCCAGCCCGGAGACCAUGGCCUUGUUGGAGGACGUGGCACGCAAGCUGCUCAAUGAGGACGAAGUGGCCGCUGUCAUGAGACACUGUAAAAGGUUUCUAGUUGAUCGUGUGGUUGAGGAUCUGGUGCGCCCCCUGCUGGCUAUCUUGGACAAGCCUGAGAAGCUUCUGUUGCUGAGGGAGGUCAGAAUGAUCAUUCCUGCCACAGAUCUGGGCCGUUUUGACAGUAUGGUCUUGCCCUUUGAGCUUGAAGCUUAUGACAUACUAAAAAGCCGGUCUGUGAGGUCUCCUGUCCUUCGUUCUCCUCGUCAUGGAGGAACACCCCGUCGCCAUCUAAUAACACCCAUCCCAGACUACAGGGGUGGAUUUCACCUUCAGCCGGUGCAGGAUCUGGAGAGAGAACGACAACUCAUUGAAGAUUUGGAACGAAUGCGUUUGGCAGGUUUACCGACUGGACGACUUCCUCCUCCUCGAGCUUUCACCCCUCUUUUGGAUGUACCGGUGGACACCUACAUCACAGACUCGCUCCGUAACCGCUCUUUGAGUCCUGCUCGGUCCAACUUUUCACACUCAGAGUCCCAUUACAGCACAGAACGCACUGGACGCUCCCCCCAGAGAAGGGACAAUGGUUUCCCCCAUGACUCUUUAUCCAGCAGGGGUGAUUCUGUCCCAGAACGAGGAAGGUCGCCUUAUAGGAAUGGACAUAGAAUGAAAACAGACAAAUCUCUGAAUGGUAAAGAGGUAAAGUAUACUGUAAUGAGUGCACACCGCCGGAGCAGGACACCAUUGUCCCAGGUGUUUGCGCCUAGCUCAGAUCAGCACUGGAAAGAACCAGUGAAUGGACACUCGGACAGCCAAGAUAGACCAGAGCAGGAGUACGAACUAACCACGGUAACCAUCUCGAAGACUAAACAGUCCCUGGGUAUAAGCAUCUCAGGUGGGAUUGAGUCAAAGGUGCAGCCAAUGGUGAAGAUAGAGAAGAUCUUUCCAGGAGGAGCAGCCUCUACCAGUGAUGUCCUGAAGGCUGGAUUCGAGCUGGUGUCGGUAGAUGGAGAGUCCCUUCAAGGUGUCACACAUCAGCAUGCGGUGGAUGCCAUUCGGAGGGCUUUCAGCAACAAGGCCAAAGACCCAAUGGAGUUCAUCGUCAAAGUUCCCAAAAACCAGAGAGACUAACUUGAAAGCAGCUUUGAAACAAAGGUGUUUGAGCUUAAGGCCCUGAUUUACUCACAGCGUAAAGAGGUAAAAAGAAAAAGCCCCUGGCAUUGACAUAUCGGUCGUGAACAUCCCUUCUUCAUCCUUGCAUUUACACAAUAUUGAAUAUUUAAAUAUGUGCUGCACAUCACAUUCACUAAAUAAACAUAGGAAAA